CGGGGGUGGUCCCUGCGCGACCCAGGCGCGGGGCGAUGACGCGCGGGCCGGAGCGGAGGGCGCGGUGAUUCCCGGUGUUGUUGUUCCCGGUGUUGUGGUUCCCGGCGUCGUUGUUUUUUCCCGGCGCGAUGGCAUCGCGAGCGGCCCCGCGCUGAUGGCGGCGCGCCGGGCACCGCGCGGCCCCGCGCCCGCGCCCAGGCUGGACGAGUUCACGGUGCCCGCCGAGAAGAGCCGGCUCCUGGAGCGCAGCCGGGGCCGCAUCGAGGGCUUGUUCGAGGUGCAGCUGGCGGUGCUGGGCGCGCAGGGGGACUGGCGGCCCGUGCUGUCGCCGCCCGCCGCCGCCAGGAUCUGGGUGCAGCUGGCGGGCGGAGGGAAGGCCGUGAGCAGCGCCAAGGAGUAUAUCAAGGGACUGUGUGAACCUGAACUAGAAGAGAAGGAGUACUACCCAAAGGACAUGCACUGCAUCUUUGUUGGUGCUCAGAGCCUGUUUCUCAACAGUCUUAUUCAGGAUACCUGUGCUGAUGUAUCAGUGCUGGAGAUGGGAUUGCUUGUUAUUAAGGGGGGUGCAGAAGCUGUUGUUAUGGCUCAAAGUCACGUUCAGCAGUUUGUGAAGCUUUUUGAGAAUAAUGAAAGCUUGCUAAAUGACAAUGAAUCUGAGAUUAAAAAGCAAUUCAGGCAAUUUGUGGAAGCACAUGCAGAUAAGUAUACAAUGGAUUUACUGAUUUUGCCUAGUGCACUAAAAAGAGAACUCCUGGCUCUCACCCAGACUGACUUCUGUGCAGUGGAGAGCGAUAUCAUAGACCUUACAGGUUCUGAAAGCCCAGCAGGGCUCAUACAGCACAGUGCUUCCAAAGGAGUUGCUACAAACAGAGAUGGAAGGGCAGGUGGUGAGGAAGCAAGAAACAAGGCUGGCACACCUGUAACUGAGCUUACAAAGCAAAUGGACACUGUGUUUUCUGAUGCUCCUGAAACAAGUUUUGUUCCCAUAAAUGAAUCUCUGCCAGAGGCAGUGGUGUUUAAAGAAAGGCAGUCAUGUAAAAGAAGAUCAUCUGAGGAGGAGGAAAGGCUCUCCAAAAAGCAGUUCUCUUUGGAAAAUGAUCAGCAAGUGAAGUCUUCUUCACACCGUAGUCGUUCAGACAGUGAUGCAGUUAUUGAUCUGCUUUCGGAUAGGGAUGUUCAAUCAGAUGAUCCUACUUAUUGCCUUAAAGAAGGUGAUGAUAUCAGUGAAGAAAUGGAAUAUAAGAUUCUUGUGAACUUUUUCAGAACAAUGGGGUAUUCACAAGAUAUUGUAGAAAAAGUUAUUGGUAUCCUAGGGCAAUCUGUGGAACCAUUAAUAUUGCUGGAAGAAAUUGAAAAGGAAAAUUUGAAAUUUCAAAAAGAAUGUGAACAGUCAUCUCAAAAGCCUAGAACUGUCAAUCCUCCUUUAGAAAAUAAUGCAAGUAAUUCACAAAAGGUAGAAAACAAAUGUAUUUCUAGGAAAAGUCCACUGAAAUCCAGUCAUAUUUCAAAGGAGACAAAAAAUGAAUAUCACAAAGUAAGAGAUGUACCAGAUGUGCAAGUUGAUGCAGAAGAUAAAAUGCAUGCUUCCCCUUCCAGCAGAAAUUCAGCUGUAUGCUAUAAAGAGAGAGACAUUCACUGCCCUGGUAAGAGUCACAGUUCAAGGUCAAACCAUAUAGAAAGUGAUGGCAGGGUAACUUUCAGCACUGUACAAGCUGGAGCUCUAAAAGACAUUGACUUUGUAGCCAGAGGGAGCUCAGAUGUGCAGCAUGUCCCAACUAAGAGUAAAACUGCAGUUCAGCAAAAAUCUGCAGGGCCCUCAACUGUACAGAACAGUCAUCCUGUUUCUGAAGACAGACUGGGACACUGCAGCUCUGCUCAAGCAAAAUCUGUCUACCAACGCUUUUCCCAAACCUCAAAUUGUGAAAAUUCAGUCCCAGACCACUUCUUGUCUUCACAAAUACAUCCUUCAAAUCCUGACAGAGAGGCAGUGGGACCACACAGACAUCAUUCUGAUCCUUCAGUUACUGGAGUUCAAAGGUUUUUGGACUCUCUGAAGAAGCCAUACAGACUGGAGUUGAAAAAUGAACCUGGGAAACCAUAUUUAAAACACAUAAUUAUUGAUGGAAGCAAUGUUGCAAUUUCUCACGGUCUAAGGAAAUUCUUCUCCUGUCGGGGAAUUGCAAUAGCUGUUGACUACUUUUGGAAGCGUGGCCACAGAAAUAUAACUGUGUUUGUUCCACAAUGGAGAACAAGACGUGACCCUUACAUUACAGAGCAGGAUUUCUUAACACAGCUCCAGGAUGUUGGAAUAUUGUCUUUAACCCCGGCAAGGAUGGUUUUAGGAGCAAGAAUUGCUGCUCAUGACGACAGGUUUUUAUUACACCUUGCAGAUAAAACUGGAGGUAUUAUUGUGACUAAUGAUAACUUCAGAGAAUUUGUGACAGAAUCAUUUGCAUGGAGAGAAAUUAUUCAGAAAAGGUUGCUCCAGUACACUUUUGCUGGUGACAUAUUUAUGGUUCCUGAUGAUCCUUUGGGAAGAAAUGGACCCAGAUUAGAUGACUUCCUUCGAAGUGAAGGCUGUUCUAGGGAUUUUCGUUCAGCACAAAAGACUUUUCAGAGCAGUGGACAAUAUUCUUCUGAGACACCUUUCUUCAUCCCCAAAGCCCCCAGCAGCAGUCGACAGCCUGAAGGCAGAGCACACGAUGGCCGUUCAUCGCCGUGGCUUCCACUGGAAGAAAACGUAGAGACUCAUCCACCACAGAGAUCUGCCUCAGAAACAGUACAGCUCAGAGAAGCCCUGAUAAAAAUCUUUCCUGAUUAUGAUCAAAGACAGAAGAUUGAUCAGAUACUGUCGGCUCAUCCAUUCAUGAGAGAUCUUAAUGCACUGUCAGCCAUGGUGCUUGACUGAGUGUUGUAAAAAGCUUUUCUAUCACAACUGAUCUGACUAAUGAAUAUCAGUGUGAAGAAAGAUGUUGCUCUGUUAUGUUACCUUGUGAAUAUUCAAAACCUAAUUUUAUUUGUAUAAACAAAGAUAUUUUUGUGUAUGUUCUGUUGCUAAUAGACUGCAGGUUUUAGUAAAUUAAAAACUGCUCCUACUACAGGUUUGCAGUAAUAUUUUCUAUGAAAAACCCCCAAAUCUUCUCUUUCAUUUGAAUUGCUAAUUAAAGCAGUGGCAGUACUUACUUUUAAA